AAACCAGACAGCGCCAUAUUUUUCAAUUCACAACUUUUUCAUUUAUGCCGAAAAAAUUAACUGUAAAAUCUAUAAAUUCCUCUAAAAAUACCCAAGACAGUAAGAAACAAAAUAUGAAAUUUGUUUACUUAUCCUUUCUAGUAAUUUUUCUAGUAAUUUGUUUAGCACUUGCAACAGAAUUUGAAAGUGCAGAAUCUCACAACGAAGAUUUCCAUGACGAAGUUGAUGACGCUGAUGAAAGUAUGUACAGUGAUGGAAUUGAACAGUACAGUGAUGUGGCUACCAAAUUGUUUUCUUCAUUAACACCGGACACUAUCAAAAACCAUAUCAAGGACAUUAUUCGCGGGUUUUCCGAUAAAGGAUUUGAAGAUUGCGAUAAAAAUGCUGACAAGUAUCUUGUAGAUGAGGAAGUUGGGUGUUUUAUCGCUGAAAAAAUGGGAUUUUCGUUGAUUGGCACGCUCGAGCAAGUAAUACAGCAUCAUGAUAAAGAUCAAAAUGGAAAGUUGGAUUCAGACGAGGUUUGGAGUAUCGUUGAAGAAAAAGAUGCUAAUCUAAUUGAACCGUUACCAUCAACAAUUGAGCAGAGCAUGCAACUUUUGAACGGAUUCCAAGAAGAAAACGUCCAGCCUGAAAACCCGUUCCUAUCUUAUAUUUAGAUAAGGCUUAUAUUAAUCGGGUUUUAAACUUUUUGUUCGAAUUUUCACAUUUUUCAUCUAACAAUUUUAUUAUUUUUUACCCUGUUACACACCCAAAAUCAAUAAAAAUUUAUUCAGCGGAAAA